CAGACCAUGAAUGUGUCCGAAAGAGAAACCACCCGCUUCGUUAGCCACUUUAUCCUCAUGGGCUUCCCCUCAAGCCCAGAGAUGCAGCUCCUCUACUUCGGGUUCUUCUCAGCAGCCUAUACACUGACCCUGGUGGGGAACACAGCCAUUGUCUGUGCCGUGUGGUGGGACCAGCGCCUUCACACUCCCAUGUACAUCCUCUUGGGGAAUUUCUCUUUCCUGGAAAUAUGUUAUGUCACCACGACCAUCCCUAACAUGUUGGUCAACUUCCUGUCCACGAUCAAGUCCAUCUCCUUUGUGAGCUGUUUUGCACAGUUCUACUUCUUCUUCUCCUUUGGGUGUGAUGAGGGCUUCUACCUUUGCAUCAUGGCCUCUGACAGGUACCUUGCCAUCUGCCGUCCGCUGCAUUACCCACGCAUCAUGACUAAACAGCUGUACACUGGCCUUGUCAUCUUUGGCUGGUCCUGCGGCUUCAUCCUCUUCCUAACCCCAGUUGUUCUCAUUUCACACUUGCCCUAUUGUGGCCCAAAUAUCAUAGACCAUUUUUUGUGUGAUCCUGUCCCGUUGAUGAUGCUGUCCUGUUCUGAAGACACCACCACACAAUUCAUUUACUCCACUGUCAAUGCUAUUUUCAUGAUUGGCACCUUUCUCUUCAUCCUUUGCUCUUACGCUCUGGUGAUUCUGGCUGUGCUGAGGAUGCCCUCAGCAGCGAGCAAACGCAAGGCUUUCUCCACUUGUGCUUCUCAUCUGGCUGUGGUAGUUCUGUUUUUCGGUCCUGUUAUGGUGAUGUAUGUUAGUCCUGGGUCAGGACACCCAGUGGAAAUGCAAAAAAUCAUUACUUUGUUUUAUUCUGUGAUAACACCCCUCUGCAAUCCUCUAAUCUACAGUCUCCGGAACAAGGAGAUGAAGGCUGCCCUAAGGAAAGCCUUUGGGACUGAAAUACCUGUUCAUAAAACAUAAAUCAGGCAUCAUAGUGAGCAAAGUCCCAACACGACUUAUCUCAAGGAUAUGAGCAAGACAGUUCUCCAGAAAACUGAAUAAUUUGGGUUAGGGAACUGUUACAAUAAAGCCCGUUAUCCAACCUUGACAGGAUAACUUCCUUUUCUCCCAGAUCGUCUCAUGGGACUAUUACUCCACUGAAUGUUUUGAGGACAGUUACUUCGUCUAUUAUAUACAGCAGUGCUCUGGAGCAGAUGAUUACCAAUGCUACGUUAGUAAAUCAGAA